AUGUCGUCGGCUGUUGGCUCUAAGAAGAAAGAGAAGAAGGAGGGGGAGGGCAAGGAUGAGGUGGUGAGUCUCCGAGUAGUGAGAACGCUAGGUCAGCAGCUGCUUUCGUCUCGGUCGCACAUUAACAACCUCCCUCGCCUCCUCGCUUUCGUCAAACCUACUUCUUCGCCGGACUACGCUCUCGAGUCUAUACUCUCUCUCCACUCCUUCUUCACUCCACUCCUACCCCAACUUCCCCCGCCGGCGUCAUCCGACAAGAAGAAGCCUCCGCCUCCUCGUGAUGCCGACGCCGCCUCUGAAUUCAUCUACCUCACCUGGCUACGUUCCAAUUUCGACCUCUUCGUUUCUCGUCUCUUCUCCAUCGCCAUCUCCUCCCAGUCCGACCCCACUUUGAGAGAGGUUGCGUUAGACACCAUUAUGGAAUUAGUGAAGGUGGGGAAUGGCAGCUAUUUCCACUCCUCUCUCUACCACAGAUUGCUGCGUGUCAUUGUUCACUCUACUCUGGGAGUUACUGAUUUGCUGCUGAAGUUGCUUGUCUCCAACUAUUUCAAGUAUAUUGAUGUCUGUUAUUUUACAUAUAUCAGUCUGGAAAAGAUGACACGAACUUUGGAGUCUGAAGACAAAGCAGAUAAUAAAUCAGCUACUUCAGAGGUUGACAUAGGGAAUAAGUCAAGAGCAAGCAUGGAGCUCUCUAUUCGCAAGAUAUGCCAUCUCCUUACAAACAUCCAACAGUUAAAUGGGUCGAAUGAGACAUCUGAUUAUGAGAUGUGGAGUUCUGCAGGUAUUGGCGCUUUUGCUAGACGUCCCAAUAAGAAGAAUCAGUACGAGAUUACAAAAUCAGAAGACAAAACUCAGAUAUUUGGAAUGCAUGAUGAAAAGGAUGUCACAGCAACUGAUGUCAAAAAAAGGAUGAAACUUAAGUUCAGUAAAGCAUGGUUAUCAUUUCUUACAUUGACCCUUCCUGUAGAUGUAUACAAACAGGUUCUGGCUACUCUUCAUGUAGCCGUAAUUCCUCAUCUAUCUAACCCUGUUAUGCUUAGUGAUUUCUUGACACGAUCCUAUGAUAUUGGAGGAGUCAUCAGUGUUAUGGCACUGAGCAGCCUUUUUAUCCUAAUGACACAACACGGUCUUGAGUAUCCGAAUUUCUAUGAGAAGCUGUAUGCUUUAUUGGAGCCCUCUAUCUUUAUGGUUAGAUAUCGAGCUAAAUUUUUCCAGCUUCUUGACUCGUGCCUAAAGUCACCACUUCUCCCUGCAUAUUUGGCUGCUUCUUUCUGUAAGAAACUGAGUAGACUUGCACUUUCUGUUCCACCGUCAGGGGCGCUAAUCAUUAUUGCUUUAGUUCACAAUCUUUUAAGGAGGCAUGCUUCAAUCAACUUCUUGGUGCAUCAGGAAGAGAUCGUUGAGACUGCCAAGGAAAGUUCAGAAGCAAAAGAGAGUGGUGUCGAUGGGACAGAAAACUCAUGCGCUGGAAAGAAGCAAGGGGUUGAUCUUUUUAAUGGUGAAGAGGGUGACCCUAUAAAGACUAAUGCUAUGAGAAGCUCUCUGUGGGAGAUUGAUACUCUCCGAAAUCACUAUUGCCCACCAAUUUCAAGAUUUGUAUUGUCCCUGGAGAAUGAUUUAACGGCUAGAGCUAAAACAACCGAAGUUGCUGUUAAAGAUUUCAGUUCUGGAUCAUAUGCAACCAUUUUUGGCGAGGAGAUGAGGCGAAGGGUAAAACAGGUCCCAUUGGCAUUCUAUAAAUCCACUCCAAGUGUUUUGUUCUCGGAAUUAGAUUUUCCUGGCUGGAGUUUUGUGUCCAAUGACGGGGAGCCCGUUUCCAUCGAUAGUGAUUUAGCUACAUCUACCGAACCCAUCCAUUCUUUUCUGAAACGGCAACGUGUAGAAUGA